CGCAACCGGUUAGCCAGUCACAUUGCACCGGUACAUGAACACCCACGUUCUAUAGCCUCACAUUACACUGUCUUGCAUCGUUUACCGAGUACGGGAAGCAAUGUAGUGUGUAUAAAAUACGAGACAUUGAGCUGGGGAGGCAAUCGAUAGAGGCGGUGGAGAGGGAAGGGAGAAGCGGGAGUUGGGAGGGGAAGGAGGCGUUUCUGUGAGCCAUCGCGCAGGCGUGGUCGCCCUGGUGACACUCGCAUGUCGAUAAGUAGCAAAAAGGUGUUGUUCUGUGUAUAUAUCCACCCUUACGAGGACAAAGCGAGGCCUCUCGGUGGGAUGAACAGCAACAUCACGAAGCGCUCCGUAUGUCUCUCAGGAAGCUAGUGAGGCGUGGCGCUCAGUGGUAAAAUCCUUGGAAUUCUCGUUAAAUUGCCCCGUCCGGCAUCAGCGAGUGUGGUUUCAUUGAUUUUAGUGUACUACGAAGGGGAGAGCCACGUCGUGUAGCUGUGUGAGACUCGUUUCAACGCAGAAAGACUUGAAUAAUGGGCGGGCGAGUUGCGUGGCCCCAGCCCAGCGCACCGGACGACUAAGAGACACCAUACACCACCACCACCACAACCCAAGACAACAGGAGCGAGCACGGGAGCGGCAACAGCGCGUGCCACCCAGCGCUGAGGCGGCAUCGCUUGGAGGGCGAGGCUCGGCACUAGAACGGUUGUCAGGAGCGGCCCACUGCAGCGGCCUCUAGUCUAGACCCUCAGUGGCCCUCAGUAGUGGCCCUCUGACCACCGCCACCGCGCCGACCUCCACCCAGCGCCCUCCCGUAUGAGACAAGAGCCAUGGACGCGCAGCGGAGGCAGCUGUGUCCCCGCCUGCUGGACUACCUGGUGGUGGUUGGCGCGAGAACACCUGGCCGGGCCGCACCUGUACAGCCGCCAGAGCUUCUGCGUCGAUACCCGCCAGACGACCACAAGGACUUCCCGUUGCCUCUAGAUGUGAUAUACUUCUGCCAGCCUGAGGGGGUGUGUGUCUGGGGCCCUCGCAAGACAUCCUUGAGGGAAGCCACGUCCUUCGUUUUCACCCUCACUGAUAAGGACUCAAGCAAGACUCGGUAUGGGAUCUGCGUCAAUUUCUACCGAGCAGUGGAGCGCGGGACCACAGGAGGCCUGGCAGCAAUGCGUGGGAGGGACAGGGGGCCUUCCUUCAAGCGGGAGUCAUGGAGGACCAGCCUGGACAAAAGCUCCGACUCUGCCUUCUCCAGUGACCAGCGCUCCACCCUUGCUCCGAGUGACAGUGAGAGGGACUGCCCCCCUUCUCGCCGUGACUCUGAGUCCACCUCCCCCGCCUCCCACCUCGGUGUGAACCUGCCCGGCAAUGACUCUGACACUGGUGGCUCGCACUCCCCCUCCCCUCGUGCUGCCAGGAAGAGACAGCGUGUCAGGAACCACUCCCUCACCUCGUUGUGCAUUCUGUCCCACCACCCGUUCUUCAGCGCCUUCCGAGAGUGUCUUUUUCUCCUGCGACGGAUGAUUGAUGCCUGCAAUGAAAACGCGUCGCCCAGGAGAGUAGGAGCAUCCAGGCAGAAUAACAGGGACACAGUGUGGAGUGUGAUGACGGGCCGGCCACACGAGGGCGUCCCCAGCAUAGUGAUGCAUGACGUGCGGGAGAUAGAGACGUGGAUCCUCAGGCUGCUCUCGGCGCCAGUGUGUGUGCCGGGCAAGACCAGAGUGGAGCUGGAGUUGCUACCAAGGGAGCUUCACGCACCUCUCACCUUUGCCCUGCCUGACCACACUCGCUUCUCCUUCAUUGACUUCCCCCUGCACCUUCCCCUGGAGCUGCUCGGAGUGGAGUCCUGCAUCAAGGUGCUGGAACUCAUCAUGCUGGAGCAGAAGGUUGUGAUGCAGUCUCGAGACAACAACGCUCUGUCCAUGUCAGUGCUGGCAUUCGUCACAAUGAUCUACCCUCUGGAGUACAUGUUCCCAAUCAUCCCUCUACUCCCCACAUGCAUGAGUUGUUCCGAGCAACUCCUCCUCGCCCCCACCCCCUUCAUCAUUGGCAUCCCCGCCUCGUUCCUCCGCUACAAGAAGCAGUUUCUACUCCCAGAUGACGUGUGGCUGGUGGACCUGGACGCCAAUAAGAUAACAGCACCUCCCUCCUGUGAUGAGAUCCCCCCACUGCCUGAGCCAGAGUGCACCAUUCUCAAAAACCAUCUGAAGCAGAUCCAUGGAAUGUACGAAACUAACUGGUACUCAAAAUUUCAUCAACUAACUAUCGAAGCUGGGGCUAUAAGAUCUAUGGAUGAGGCACUAGCUAGCAUGUCUCCGCAGCCACCGCCACCACGCUCUGCCGAGGACAUGGAGCGGGAGAAGGCCCUGCAGCAGCACGCACCACAGUCACACUACAACCUCUUCAUUUAUGGCAAUGAUGUAGACUCGGUCGACAUCGCCACCAGAGUUGCCAUGGUACGCUUCUUCAACUCGCAGAACGUGCUGGCAAACUUCACGGAACACACCCGCACCCUCCGGCUGUAUCCUCGCCCCGUGGUGGCCUUCCAGAUCAACUCUUUCCUGCGGUCACGGCCUCGUGCCACACCCUUCCUCAACCUCUUUGCCCGGACACAGGCGGUGGAGUUCCUGGCAGAGUGGUCCAUCACACCCUCCAACAUGGCCUUCCUCAGGGUAAACACAGGCGUCUUUGAUCCAACGGUCAUUGGGGACAAGAGCAAGUGGUAUGCUCACACGCUGGAGCCAAUCGGGUUCAGAGUGUGGCAGGACGGCAGUUCCCUGGGCACAACCUUGAGGGCCAGCACUCAGGUGGACAACCCUCCCACAGAUGAGAGUGGCAGUGACUCUGAGGGAGGAGAAAGUACCAGCAGUUCCUACUCUUCACUCAGUGACUUCGUGUCAGAGAUGCAUUCAUCCGACCUUUCCCCAGGCUGUGGGGCAGCAACGGAGAAGGAGAAGGCCACCCUGUCCUCAGGUCUGGAUCCUCGCUCAGUGUUCCACCCGCCCUCCACUCUGCAGCUCCCUGGUGCUGCUUCCUCAGACUCAGCAUUGAGUCAUGCUGGUUCCAUGUCCACCUCAUCUUCCCAUUCGUCCCUGUCCUCUGCCGACCACCGGGAUGAUGAUGAUGAGGAGGAGACAGGGGAGGGAGUGAUGAGGGAGGAGGAUGCAGAUAAGCUAGUCAUCCCUGCACCCACCCUGCACCCUCUUAUGCUUCGCUCAGAUAUGCUGGAGAAAAGUGAUGAGGUGUUCACACCAGAGAGCGACUCAGCCACCACGACGCCUAAGACAGUGGUGAGCAACAACCAGUCACCACUGCCACACAUCAGCCCCACUCCAUCAGUGAGUAGCGAUGUGUCUGUGGCCACUCAGUCCUCGGAGCGAGACAGACCUACCACGCCAAGACCUCGGACCUUCUCUAAGGGGGCAAGUCCAACACCGCAGAAGCAGACGUCCAUCAGUUCCGUGCUAGCUCGUGCCUCCAGCCUCGGGUCAGGGAGUUCUGGCAGCGGCCCCACCAGACAGUCAUCACAAAAUUCCCUCCUGGACCAGUUCACCUCCUCAGCCAAGGAACUCAUCAAGGAAAGGCAGAGUUCCCAGGAGGGAUCCUUCCUCUCACAGGUGGACAAGUUAACGGAACAGUUUCGUAGUCAAGUAACGGAACGGCUUGAGGUAGUGAAGCAGAGUAGUGGUGAGGAAGGGUCACUGCUCAACCAGAUGGAUAAGUCCAACCAAGAAGCAAGUGGCCAGCAUCAGAGGGAAAGGCUGGAGGAGGCACCGUCUUUCUCCAGCUUAGCGGAUCAGCUGACAGUGCAAGCGAAGAGAGCUGCAGAAGAGGCCUCCAAGUCUGUUAGUGUGGCCGGCAAGCAAGCCAUGGAGGCCAGCAAGCAGGCACAGCAGGCGAGUAAAUCCACGUUUGAAGACCUCUCAUUCAUGGGGAAACACACGCUGGGGGACUUCACCAAGACAGCUCGGGAGGCAGCCAAGAAGGGCGGGAUCUUCUCCAAGGUCAGCCUAAAGGCCCUGGAGCUGCGAGACUCAUCCUUCGAAGGCAAGCUGGGAGGAGGCAGCCCAGCCAUCAGUGCACCAGCUGAUAUGGGAGGAGGAGGGGGAGGAGGAGGAGGAGGAGGUGGAGGAGGAGGUAUGAUGAUGGGGUUAGGAGGUAUGAGUGGUAGAGUAGGAAGAGGAGGAGGUGGUGCAGUAGUAGCAGGAGGAGGAGGAGGUGUAGGAGGAGGUGUAGGAGGAACCCCCCCGCCAGUACCCUACAGGACACCUCCCUCUAGUGUGCCUUCAUCCUCCCCGCCCUCCUUCCCCCGCGGCCCUCCACCAGCAAUUCCUCCAAGGUCUCCCAAACCAUCGCUCCAAAGCCAGUCCUCGGUAUCAUCUACUCACUUUCCCACCACCACCACCACCACCACCACCACCACUUCCCAGCCCCUGCCCAGCCCCGCACAUGCCCAGGCUUCCCGAAAUGGUGCCUCGACCGGGCGGUUUUCAUCCACCAGCUCCCAAAGCGGCAGUGUGGUGGGUGCCAAUGGAGGCGGCUUCCGUGGCAGCAACGUGAGUCUCGGGUAUGGGGACGAGAGUGCUGUGGGGAUGGGAGGCAUGGGCGGCCGCAGACCAAGCAGUGCCAGUAGUGCCGGGGCGCGCUCCCCCACCAUGACCUCCUCCUCCUCCAGGGACUUCCUCUCUAAUGUCAGUUCUGAGUUGAAUGACUUUGCUCAGCAAACAACAAGUCUGUUCAGUGAUAUUUUUGUGGAGAAUGGCCAUGGGUUGGGUGUCCCGCUGUCCCCCACGCCCAGCCUCAGGAGACUCAGCCGUUCUCAGUUUCGUGCUCGGGGGCCCGGGAGCCGCAGUGUGAGCCCCUCCAGCCUGGGGGUGGGCAGCGUCAGGAGCAGGGAGAGGGCGCAGCCUUUCGGACCCUUCCCCAAAGGUCGGAAGGGUCUGGUGGAGAAGUCAUCUCUAAUCCGUCACUCAGUCUCUGCACAACGCCGGGCAGAACUCAACAAGAUUGCAACGAUGGAACAGCGCACCACUUCAGCCUCUGAGAACCAGGCCUUCCUCAAAGAUGUACUGACUCAGGUGAUUGAGGGUGAGGGCAUUGGAUGGCUCAAGCUCAAUCGCGUCCGCAAGUUGAUGGAGGAUGAGAAUUACCGGCUGCUGGUUGUGUCUGGGCUCAACCGCACCCUGGAACGCAAGAUUGGACCAGAUGAUCAUAUCAGUGAAGUGUGCAUCAAGAAGCCAGUGUGGAAGGGAAUGCUGAAGCUGAUUAAUGCAGUGGUGGCCGGGCUGGAGGUGACUUACAACACCUUCGGGGGUGGUGGCACUUCCUCGGCGCUUCAGGCCUUGGAGAUCUCCCACACACACUACUGGAGCCGAGACCUCAAUGACCCACAUGUGCUAGAGAUGUCAGGGGGAGGGUCCUCAGCUCUGUCUCAGUCUUCCAGUCCCUUGGGCAGCCUGGAGAACCUCAGGUCACCAGGCAGCCCUCGAGGCUCCCCCCUGCCCCCACACUCCCCUCAGCCUCCCUAUGAUGGCUCAGACUGCUCCCGGAAAUCCUCCCAGUCAGACAGCCCCUUCCUCUCCUCUGGGCCACGAGUGGUGCAUGAUCCCCUGAGGUCCCCAGAGGCUGAGGGUCCUGAGACAGCCACCUCAGACGUUCUGCGAGACCUCCUGGUGCAGAAGAGACAUGUCCUUCUCUCCAAACUUCAGUCCCAGGACUCAGAGGCUGGGGACACACUGCAGGGGUCUGAGGGACCUCCUUCCUGUGGCGCCAGUGAUACUGGGUCCAUCAUCACCAACCCAGCCUUCCAGCGCCAACGUCACUCACACCAGUCCUUUCGCUCUACUGUGUCUGAUUCUGAGAUAGAGCAAGGCAAUUUCCCUCGCAGCUCCAAGAGAACCUCUAGCAUGUGGUCCAGUAAGUCGUCUCUUUCCACUGGCUUCAGGUACCACGCCGGCAACAUGAUUCCCACCUCCACCACUCCCUCCCCUGACUCGGGCCGAACAUAUCUAUUUGAAGGUCUCAUUGGCAAGGAUCGCUCUCCACUAUGGGAUCAGAUGCAGUUUUGGGAGGACUGUUUCUUGGAUGCUGUGGCGCAGGAGAGAGACAUGGUGGGGAUGGACCAGGGACCCAGUGAGAUGAUGGAGAGGUACAACAGCCUGAGUGAGUCUGAGAGGAAGCGACUGGAGCAUGAGGAGGACCGGCUGCUGUCCACAAUGCUGUAUAACAUGGUGGCCUUCAUGGUGAUGGUGAACAUUCGCAAGGAGGACAUCAAGAGGAAGAUCAGGCGUCUGCUGGGCAAGUCUCACAUUGGCCUUGUCUACAGUCAGGAAGUUAAUGAAUUGUUGGAUCAGAUUAAUAACUUGCACGGGAAUGACAUUGACCUGAGGCCUCUCGGGUCACGACAGAUGCACCGGCAAAGCUUCACAGUUCACUCAGGCACAGAUGCAUCAGGUGACUUGUUGUUUCUGGAGGUGAGGGACGAUGGCCUCAUCCUGCGUUCUGUCAGUGGCAUCAUUGUGGAGCGGUGGUGGUUUGAGCGUCUGGUUAACAUGACAUACUCCCCCAAGAAUAAGGUGCUCUGUCUGUGGCGGCGCAAUGGAGGCCAGACGCAGCUGCACAAAUACUACACGAAAAAAUGCAAGGACCUGUACUACUGCAUCAAGGAGGCCAUGGAGCGUGCAGCGGCUCGGGGGGUGGGGGCCCUGCCUGGUGUGGAGCUGGGUGGGGAGUUCCCAGUACAGGACAUGAAGACCAGCGAGGGUGGACUGCUGCAGGUGUGCAUGGAGGGCGUGGGUCUGCUGUUCGCCACCAGCAAGUUCUUUGUGAGGCUUGACCACAUCAGGAGAUGCUUCACUCAGAAAGGAGGAAUAUUUGUGCUGGAGGAGUACAAUCCAAAGACUCGACAAGUGAUUCAACGCAAAUACAAGUCAGCAAUGGCCGACCAGAUCUGCUAUGCCGUGCUGUGUGUGUUCUCCUAUGUGGCCGCUGGCAGUGAACAGAAGAAGAUGGAGGUCGCCGCUGCUGCUGCUGCCGCCGCUGCUCACCGGAAGCACUGACGUACCUCCAAGUAGGGCGUAGGCAAGGCUGCCAUGUAGGGGUUCACACUAACUGCAUGUGACUCUGAAUGUUACUAAUGUCUUCUGCUGUGUGUUGCAAGACUCAAAAGCAAUGGAAGAUGUCAUGUUUUGUACUACAAUGAUCAAAAUGCAGUACAUGAUAAUACUAUGGGCAUGCAAGUCUAAUACCACAUACCUACAACUGCUGUGUACUGCAAGACCCAAAAGCAAUGGAAAAGGUCAUACUUCCCAUUAUAUAAUGAUUGAGAGGCAAUGAAUGAUAGUACUAUAGGCAUUCAUGUCUAAUACUACAUACCCACUGACCUACUACUACUGUGUACUGCAAGACUCAACAGUACUGGAAAAAAUCACAUUUUCUAUUGUACAAUGAUUAAAAUGUGAUGAAUAAUAGUGCUUUGGGUAUACAAUUCUUUAUAAUACCCACUACUGUGUAUUGCAAGACUUAACAGUACUGGAAAAGAUCAUGUUUCAUUUUACACAAUAAUCAAAAGACAACAGAUUUUAAUACAACUGAGCAAACAACUCUGUGUAUUGCAAGACUCAAUGCCAGAAAAGAUCAUAUUUCAUAUUAUACAAUGAUGAAAGUGCAGUAAAUGACAGUACUAUGAGCAUACAACUCUAAUAAUACAUACUAGCUGUGUAUUGUAAGGUUAACAGCUGUGAAUCUUGAUACAAUGAUAAAAAAUGCAUUGAGUUGCAUAUCAUGACAUCAAAAUUCCUUUCAAAAAAAGCAUUAAGGCAGAUCUAACAUAACAUUCUUCAGUUCAGAUUACAUAUAUUUUUACUGAGUGGGUGUUUAGUACAGAAGAUACAGACACAUACACACCUCCUGGCUGGUCUGUGCCUCUAGUGAAUACUGAAUAUAAUCUAAAGUUUUUUUCUUCCAGUAGCAUCUUGUAAGACAUUGAGCUCACUAUGAUAACACCUAUUGUAAUAACACCUGCUUAUUUCAAGAGAAGAAUGAAGAAGCAGUAGGAGAUGAAGACUACCAGAUGCAAGGACAGUAAACCAUAAUGAUGUCUGUUUAACUUAAUGGCAGAGUGGAGACAGUACAGAAGAUUAAAGCUACUAAUAGAUGAAAGGACAGUUAACCACAAUAAUGUUUGUUAAACUCAAGCAUGUUAGAGCAGAGGUAAUGAAGAUAACCAACCUGAAGAGCAAUUUUGAGUAGUGUGGCAUAAAGUUUACUACUAAAGAACAUAUGCAAGGACAGAUAACCACAGAAAUGUCUGUUUAACUGAAACAUUUUAGAACAAAAGUUAUAAAGAUAAUUACCUGAGAGGCAGUUUUGAGUAUGGCAUAAAGUUUGCUACUGAAGACUAGAGUACUAAUAUGCAUGAAGUAGUGAGCUAUCAGGCAUCAUAGAGGAAAGGAAAUAUGUAUCUUCUUCUAUAAAGAGACUCCACUGGAUGGCAAACAUCAACAAGUCACAAUAGAUAAGGAUGAAGAAGUGUAGGCUUAAAUUUUGCCAUUGAGUAUAGUAUUAAGUAAACAAAAUAGUGAUAGACAGAAAGCAGACAAAUGAGAGAGAAUUGAGGUGAAGGACAAGUCACAGGAGAUGCAAAUGAAGAAGUGUAGGUUCAGACUUUGCCAUAAAGUAUAGUACAGAGUAAACAAAGAAAAGACAGAUAGGAGUAGAAAACAGACAAGUGGUAGAUGAUUGAGAUGGAGGACAAGUCACAAGGGGAGAAGAAAGAGAAAGAAGUGUUAGAUUCCUAUAACUUUUCCCUUAAGUAACCUGCAGAAUAGACAACAUAGAAAUAGUAUCUUAGGAUGAGGAAGAGAAGCAGAAAGCAUGCAACAAGUGAAUGAGGAUUAGUAGCAAAAAAUACUAAUGUUUCUCUGCUUGUAAAAAGAUACUUGUGUAAAAGUACUGUCUUUACAUUAAUCCUUUGUUAAUACAAGUGAUAUAAGUAAGGUAUAGACAGUAAAGGAAAUUAAUAAAGAAAUGCAAAGUAAGUUACACAGUAAAAGAAAGUAAAAAAAUUAAACCUUGACAAAAAAAAAAA